ACUUUUUAAAAAGUACAAAACAGCAAGGAAUCAAGGAUGUUUAAAAAUUAAAUCUAGAUAAAAAAAAUGUUGAUAUCAAAGUACGUAUUAUUAGAUGGUCCUUCUGAAAAAUUGAUCAAAUCUUGCAAUGAAGGUUCGGAAGAAAUAUGGGAGGUUAAAGCAGUUCCUCUCAAUUUUGAAGGUUUUUCGAAACCGUCUUCAGCAAUUCAAAGAUUGCUUUCCAAAAGGAGAAGCGAACACGAAAACGUUUUAAAGAAUCUGAAAGAAUCUAUUUUUAUAAUUCGUGAAGAAUGUAACGAAAAUUUUCAUACCUUGUGUAAAUGUUUAAAGAAGAAAGUUGAAAAUGUUGAACAAAUAAUUCAGGAUCAGCAGAAUCAACUCCUAGAUAAAGAUAUUUCAGACUCAAGAAAUGAGGAGUUGUCGAUGGUCUGGAAUUUCUUGAAUGACUUGAUAGAAAAAGAAAGAGGAAAUUUUAAUAAAAACUUUAAAGAAAGUGUACAGCGUUUAGAAAAAAAUCGUUGGAAACGUUCAAAAGUUGUUUUUAAGGAUUGUUUGGAGACGUUGAAGGGAAUUUCUUAUAUGAUGCCUCGUGACAUUGAAAUUCUGAUGGAAAAUGAAAUUUCGAAUUACAAUAUUGUGGUUCUGGAAAGUCAAAAAGCUUAUGAAUGCUUACAUUUGGAAAUUAGCAUCCAAUUCAAUUCUUUUAUUUUGAAUAUGGAAAAAUGGAUGGAAGAUAUGAAAAUAAUGAGGAAGGAAGCUUGCAGAUUAAAAAAAUUGAAAAUGCUCGAAUCAAAAAAAGUGAUUUUAAAGCGCGCAGAAACUUUAUUUUUGAAUCACGAUGACGGAAAGAUGGCUUUUUCCAUUUUGAGAUCCAAUUCGAAUUUAAUCUCUGAUUUAUUAUCUCAGUGGAAAAUUGUUGUCCCGUUUUCAAUAAAUCUUCUCAAGGAGCAUUUUUCGAAAAUGGCAGAAAUUAUUUUAAUACUUGAAAAGGACGUAGAAGAUUUUCUUGAAAAAUACGUCUUUUUUUUAAAACAAGUUUUGGAUGAAUUUUGUUCUGAAAUUGAGACUUUUAACGAAAUGUACAAAGAGAGUGUUGAAAAAGAAGUCGAUGAAUUAAUAAGUAGAAUGAUAGAGGAGAUGAAUAAUAAAUAUAAAGAUGUCGUGGCAACAUUGGGGAAAGAGUGGAAGGAUAUUAUGCUAAAAUUAAAAGAAACUAUGUUGAAAUCCUUUAGUCUUUUGCAUAAAUUUGCUUUACUUUGGGAAGAGGAACUUUUGCAAAUUACACAACAGCAAAAUAAAAUGUUGAUUUCACUAGACAGCACAACAACAACCAACAAUAAAACAAAUCUAAAUCUUGAAGCAAAUUUAAAGAUUUCAAUGAAAAAUAUAAGACAAGGAAUUAAUGAAGCCACUUUAAAAAUACAACUUGAUCAAAUAAAUACGGAUUUGUAUCGUUUCGAAGAAAAAUUAAAAUCCAAUUUCCAAGAGGAAAUGAAAAUAAUAGAAAAAUAUGAUCUGUCGAUGAAUCGUGAAAUGUAUGAGUUGGAAAAAAAGAUUGAUAAAUUUCUUGAAAGCAACAACCCAGAGAAAAAUACGGUUCAGACUUUUAAUUAUUUGGAACAAGUGGAAGACGAAGACAAUUUUAUUUUUAAACAAAUUAGAUUAAUCGGGAAAGAAAUCACUGCCAUUCUUCAAUGGAAGUCAAAAAUUUUUGAAAAUAUCACUUUACAUCGAUUAGAUAUUAUUGACAAUUUGAAAAGUCUUGGUGAAUCAUGGAAAGAUGGUUUGAUAGCUAAAUUUAAAAAGAAUUUAGAAACUGAAUUAGAAAUUCAUGAUAAGAGGCGCAAAGAAAUUUUACAAGCUUAUGAAAUUCGAAGCAAAGAAAUAAUGAGCCACAAUAAUCGCCUUGAUGAACAUAAGAAGCAUGUCAAUGAAGAAAUUAAGGAAAUGUUUAAAAAACCAAUUAUCUUUUGGAACGAUAUAGACAAUGGCUUCCAAAAUUAUAAGAAAGAAGUUUUUGAAAUUUCGGAACAGUCUCUAAAAGCAGAAGGGAUAUUAAAAAUGAAAUAUUCACGAAUAGUGAUGAAGAAAACCCGACGUAAUUUUGAGAAUCUUGUAAAAUCUGAGGCCGAGGCUUUAUUAACAGAGAUUAAAAAUAAAAUGUUGGAAGUUAAUAAUAGAAAUGAAGUUUUUUUUGGUGAUAUAAUAUUAUUCAAGGAUAAUGGCAAUUUUAAUCUGGCAGAAGCGAAGAUUAUAAAAAAAUCAUUAACAACUUUAAAGGAAUUAAUUAAAAAAUCUGAAUCUAAAACUGACCAGAGAUACGAUGCAGAAUCUAGAAUUUAUUGA